UUCCUUCACGGCCCUUUGCCCUAAUGCCUUUUGAGCCAGUGCGGCUCCCGUAGGGCGGGCGUCAAGAUGGCGGCCCCCGUCGUUACUGGCGUGCUGAGAUUAACCUCAGGGCUCUUGCGGCCACUGAAUAAAAUUUUGGUGUCUUCAGCCUAUCAGAACUGUGCCAGGAAUGCCUGUCUUGGCUCUGCGCUGACCGCCCAGCAGUUUAGUUGUCUCCAAACUCCAUUUUCCUCUGUUCCCAGAUUUAUCACAUCUGUCAGGAAUGUGACUUGUGGCUACGCUGCAGGGAUCCUCCCCAGAGUGGCUCCCUUGCUUCCAAAUAUUCAGACACAUCCGGUCAGAACAUUAACAUACUGCAGCACGAGAAAAGGCAAGAGGAAGACUGUAAAAGCUGUUGUCUACAGGUUUCUUCGACUUCAUUCUGGCCUCUGGCUAAGAAGGAAGGCUGGUUAUAAGAAGAAAUUGUGGAAAAAGACAGCUGCAAGAAAAAAACGCCUGAGGGAAUUUGUGUUCUGCAAUAAAACCCAGAGUAAGCUCUUAGACAAAAUGACAACAUCAUUCUGGAAGAGGCGAAACUGGUAUGCAGAUGACCCUUAUCAGAAUUACCACGACCGAACAAACCUGAAAGUAUAGAUCAGUUUUAUGACUUCUCAGAUAUUGAACGUGGAUCUGUGUGUAUACGAUAUCUCUGCACACGUUAAGUGUAGAUGAUGUAAAUUGUAAAUUGAUGUAUUCCAGCUGAUGUGAAAACAUUUGUUGUCUUAUUAAAAUUUAAUGGAUUAAUAAACAUUCCCAGAUUUGUUCAGGAAAAUAAAGGUUUAAGUUGUUGAAUAGUCAUUUUUAACAAAUGGUAGUGGCUUAACUAAUUGUUCAAUUAGACUGUUUAGUUGCAAGAAAUCUCAUUAGGACAGACAUAAAAAGUCUAUAAAGCUAAUAAUUUAGCAGGCAAUGUGACAUUA